AUGGUUAUUACUUCAACCCCCAAUGGCAGUUCCACAACAACGCUUGAGCAAGUUGAGCCCGUGAAUGACGAACCCCCUAUAGGUGGGCAACACCACAGUCAAGUAAAAGAGAAGAGCAUCGAGACUGGCAUCGCCGCCAGUGUUCCAGCCCCAUCCCGCGACGAGCUUUGUAAGAACGCCCACACUUGUGAGGUCGCGUAUCUCGCCACCCAGCUAGGGGUUGACGUUGAGCAUGGCCUUAGCAACAAUGAAGCAGCAGAUCGCCUUGCGAAGGAUGGACCCAACAAGAUCGAGGAUACUGAACGGAUUUCCGUGUUCCAGAUUCUCUUGAGACAGGUCUCCAAUUCCCUUACGCUUGUUCUCUUGAUCACUAUGAUCCUGUCGUUCAGUCUGGACGACUACAUUGAAGGCUCGGUCAUCUUGGCCGUCAUCCUGUUGAAUAUCGUUGUCGGAUUCGUCCAGGACUGGCGCGCCGAGCAAACAAUUCUUUCGCUCCAGGCACUCUCGUCACCAGAAUGCAAAGUCCUCCGAAGCGGCCAGAUCCAGGUUGUCAGAGCGGAGACUCUCGUCGUCGGUGAUGUGGUCAUACUGGCUGCUGGUGGGAUGGUUCCAGCCGAUCUCCGAUUGUUCGAUUCGGUAAACUUAUCCACUGACGAGGCACUCCUCACUGGCGAAUCCAUGCCUACAUCUAAAUUCGCUCAUCAAGUUUUGACCCGUCCGGACAUGCCUAUCGGUGAUCGAGCUAAUAUGGUCUACUCAGCUUCCAUGGUCACUCGCGGAAGAGGUUCUGGAAUCGUCGUCUCCACUGCUAUGCUUACGGAAGUCGGUAAAAUUGCGGGCCUUCUUCAGGAUAAGAAGGCCUCUGGAUCGGAGGGCAACGUCUUCGUUCGAUCCUUUCGAAAGACAAUUGCUGUCAUGAAACACGCUCUUGGUCUUGUUGGCAGUCCUCUGCAAGUCAAGUUGAGCAAGUUCGCAUUGUUACUCUUUGGCCUGGCGAUUCUGCUCGCCAUCAUCGUCUUCUCUACCGCCAAAUGGGAUGUUUCGGACGAGGUACUCAUUUACGGUAUCUGUGUGGCUGUUGCCGUUAUCCCAGAGUCUCUUAUCGCCGUGCUCACUCUCACAAUUGCUGUCGGUACCAAGGCUAUGGCCAAGAGUAAUAUCAUCAUUCGAAAACUUUCGUCCCUCGAAGCCGUUGGUGGUGUCUCAAAUAUAUGUUCCGACAAGACCGGCACACUUACCCAGGGUAAAAUGAUCGUCAGGAGAGCAUUGAUCGCUGGCGCAGAGACUUUGUCCGUUCACAAUUCUAUCAAUCCUUUCGACCCCACUAGUGGCACUGUGGAACGAGACGAUGGAGAGACGACGUCUGAAGUUCAGAGCGGCGCACCUCUCGAUUUGUUCCUCGACAUUGUCUCCCUUUGCAAUCUUUCCACCGUGCAGAAUCUUUCCAAGACAGCGACUGGCUCUUCUGCACCAGCAGGUUCCACUGGACAAGGUGGUUGGACAGCUAUCGGUGAGCCCACCGAAAUUGCCCUGCAGGUCUUCGCGAUGAGAUUUGAACAUGGCAAGGCCGAAGCGAUGGCAAAGAAAAAUCGAACCAUGGUUGCUGAAUUUCCAUUUGAUUCGUCCAUUAAGCGCAUGACCAUGGCUUACACUCGUCCUGACAAUAACCAAAUCGACCUUUUUACUAAGGGUGCUACGGAAGCAAUUCUGCCGAUUUCUACUUGCUCAGAAGAAGAGAAGGUUCGAAUCAACGCGGAUGCCGAAGCUAUGGCUGGACAGGGACUUCGCGUCCUUUGCCUUGCACACAAAACGGUUUCUGCCGACGACCAAACAAUUGUCACCGAUCGUAACGUGGCCGAAUCACAACUGCAUUUUGUCGGUUUAAUCGGUCUCUAUGAUCCACCUCGUGCCGAAACAGCACAAGCUGUCCGCACCUGUCAACGUGCGGGCAUCACUGUUCACAUGCUUACUGGUGAUCACAUCCGCACUGCCACCGCCAUUGCCGAAGAAGUUGGUAUCGUCGGUCGUGGUCUAAAUACCACAGGUCCUGCUGCAACUGGAGAAGUCAUGUUGGCAUCUGAUUUCGACAAGCUCUCCGACGACGAUCUGGAUCGACUCGAGAAGCUCCCCCUAGUCGUUGCUCGAUGCUCACCCACCACUAAAGUCCGUAUGGUUCAGGCCCUACAUCGCAGACAGGCUUUUUGCAUUAUGACUGGUGACGGCAUCAACGAUUCUCCUGCUUUGAAGCUGGCUGAUAUUGGUAUCGCUAUGGGUCUCAACGGUAGUGAUGUCGCCAAGCAGGCCGCAGACAUGGUAUUGGCUGAUGAUGACUUUGCAUCGAUCGUCCGCGCCAUUCAAGAAGGACGUCGCUUGUUUGACAACAUUCAGAAGUUUUUACUCCACCUACUCACCUCCAAUAUUGCCCAAGUGGUUCUGCUGAUUACUGCAUUGGCAUUCCGAGACAGAUCCAACCAGUCAGUAUUCCCACUAUCACCCUUGGAGAUCUUGUGGGCCAACCUCGUCACCUCGUCGCCACUGGCUCUUGGUCUCGGCCUCGAACCAGCGGUCUUGGAUAUCAUGGACCGUCCACCACGAGACAUGAAAGUCGGUGUUUUCACCAAAUCGCUCAUCAUCGACAAGAUGGUCUACGGUAUUACCAUGGGCUCUCUCUGUUUAGUCGCGUUCGUCAGCGUCAUCUACGGCAUUGGCCAUGGACAGACUGCACUAGGUGAAGAUUGCAACCAGGACUACAAUGGCACGUGCGACCGCGUCUUCCAAGCCCGUGCCACCGUCUUCGCCGUCUUAUCAUUCACCCUCCUCGUCACAGCCUGGGAAGUCAAAGACUUCAAUGCCUCUCUGUUCAAUAUGGGUCUGGUCGGCGUAGAGCGCGAUACUGACUCUCAUCGUUCGAAGAUCUUCUCCAUCUUCCCAGCCGUUUACCAGAACAAGUUUCUGUUCUGGGCUGUUGUCUCCGGAUUCUGUCUUGUCUUCCCCCUGAUUUAUAUCCCUAAAAUCAACAGUUUGGUUUUCAAGCAUUCGGGCAUCACUUAUGAGUGGGGAAUUGUUGUCGGGUGCCUGGUUGUCUAUGUCAUGGUUAUCGAAACGUGGAAGGCUAUCAAGAGAUACAGACUGAGGAAAUCUCAACGUGCUGCUAACGAGAGUGGCAAGUCGACGCCUACAGAUGGUAGCUCGAUUGUUUAG